AUGGCUGAAUCUCUCUACAGUAUUAAAUAUAAAAAAGAAGAAGAUAAAAAAGAACUAUGUAGUGUGAAGUAUUCAGAAAGUGAUUUAACUUUAUUAAAGAAUGCUAUUGAAGAUUUGUAUUAUUUUGAAUUUGUUCUAGAUGAUGUUCCAAUCAGAGGUUUUAUUGGUCAUUUAGAGGAGAGUGGAAUCAUACCUCAUAGUCACAAAAUAUAUCUCUGGGCUCACCUCCAUUUUAAUAUAGAAUAUAAUGACAACCAUAUUAUAUUUGCCAACGUGACAACCAAAGAAGUAAGUCCAGUAAAUAUUGAUGAUGUACCAACACCAUUUGAAGUUGUCUUUACAUACAGUGUGAAAUGGUACAAAUCAACAAUGAAAUAUGAAGAGAGAGGUACAAAAUUACGUGAUAACAGUUUCUUCCCUAAAACACUGGAGAUUCACUGGCUGUCUAUUAUCAACUCGAUGGUUUUAGUUUUUCUACUCAUUGGUUUUGUUGUUAUUAUCAUGACGCGAGUAUUAAAAAGUGAUUUUGCGCGUUAUAAUCUAGAUGAUGAUGAUAAUGAUGACCUAGAUCAAGAUGAUAAUGGCUGGAAAAUCAUCCACACUGACGUUUUCCGAUUUCCACCUCAAAAAAAUCUCUUUUGUGCGAUAUUAGGUGUUGGUAGUCAGUUUUUAGCUCUAGCUACAGGAAUAUUAUUAAUGGCUAUGUUGGGAAUGUUUAAUGUUCAUCGUCAUGGUUCCAUCAAUUCAGCAGGAAUUGUUUUAUAUGCUUUCACAUCAUGUAUUAGUGGUUAUAUAGCUGCCAAUAAUUUCAGGAAGAUGGGAGGAAGUAACUGGGUUUGGAAUAUCAAUUUAACAUCCUCACUGUUUGCCUUGCCGUUUUUUCUGGUUUGGGCGCUGAUUAAUUCUGUAGCCUGGGGAUAUGGAACUACACAAGCGUUACCGUGGACAACAGUAGUAUUACUCAUGGCGUUAUGGGUGUUUGUUGGAUACCCAUUAACAGUGAUAGGUGGAAUAUUUGGUAAAAAUUGGGCAGCUGGUUUUGAUGCACCCUGUCGAACUAAAAAUAUUCAUCGUGAAAUUCCCAGUGUACCCUGGUAUAGAUCAGGUUUCGCUCAUUGUAUAGUUGGUGGAUUUCUACCAUUCAGUGCUAUAUCAGUAGAGUUAUAUUAUAUAUUUGCCACACUAUGGGGAAGAGAGCAGUAUACACUGUUUGGUAUUUUAUUUAUUGUGUAUGGUAUAUUGCUCAGUGUUACAGCCUGUAUAUCUGUGGCCUUGACCUAUUUUCAACUGUCAGCAGAAGAUUAUCGAUGGUGGUGGAGAUCUAUCUUUAGUGCUGGGUCUACUGGGAUCUUUGUGUUCAUCUACGCCUUGUUCUACUAUUGUAAACGAUCAAAUAUGUCUGGGGCAUUACAAACCAUAGAAUUCUUCGGUUAUACCUUCUUAUCUUGUUAUGUGUUUUUCCUGAUGUUAGGGACAGUUUCUUAUUUUUCAUCCUUGAAAUUUGUUCGUUAUAUUUAUGUUAAUUUGAAGAUGGACUAG